GAAAAUGUUUGCUGUACACUUGGGAGCAUUUUAUUUUGCCAAGCUGAAGGAGGAUCAGCUCAAGAAGGUCGACAGGUUCCUGUACCAUAUGCGGCUCUCGGAUGAGACCCUGCUGGACAUUAUGGCCCGGUUCCAGGCUGAAAUGAAGAAGGGCCUGAGGAAGGACACCAACCCCACAGCUUCAGUGAAGAUGCUGCCCAGCUUUGUCCGAGCCAUUCCAGAUGGCUCAGAAAAUGGGGAAUUUCUUUCCCUGGAUCUUGGAGGAUCCAAAUUUCGAGUCUUGAAGGUGAAAGUCUCUGAAGAGGGGAAACCAAAUGUCCAGAUGGAGAGUCAGUUCUACCCGACACCCACUGAAAUUAUCCGAGGGAAUGGCUUGGAGCUGUUUGACUACGUGGCUGACUGUCUGGCAGAUUUCAUGAAGAACAAAGGGUUAGAAAAUAAGAAGCUGCCCCUUGGCCUAACUUUUUCUUUUCCUUGCAGACAGACUAAGUUGGAAGAGGGUGUCCUGCUUUCCUGGACGAAGAAGUUUAAGGCUCGGGGCGUUCAGGACACAGAUGUAGUGAGUCAUCUGCAAAAAGCCAUGAAAAAACACAAGCAAGACAUAGAUGUGGACAUCCUGGCCUUGGUCAAUGACACUGUGGGGACCAUGAUGACAUGCGCCUAUGACGAUCCCUACUGUGAAGUUGGUAUCAUCAUUGGCACUGGCACCAACGCUUGUUACAUGGAAGAUAUGAGCAACAUCGACCUGGUGGAAGGUGACGAGGGGAGAAUGUGCAUCAACACUGAGUGGGGGGCCUUUGGGGACGAUGGGGCCCUGGAAGACAUCCGCACUGAGUUUGACCGGGAGAUCGAUCUUGGCUCUCUCAACCCUGGGAAGCAACUGUUUGAGAAGAUGAUCAGCGGCCUGUACAUGGGUGAACUCGUCAGGCUCAUCUUGCUGAAAAUGGCCAAGACUGGCCUCCUGUUUGGUGGCAAGAUAUCCCCCGCUCUCCACACCAAGGGCAAGAUUGAAACGCAACAUGUAGCUGCUAUGGAGAAGUAUAAAGAAGGCCUUGCCAAUACAAAAGAAAUCCUGAUUGAUCUGGGCCUGGAACCUUCUAAGGAUGAUUGCAUUGCGGUCCAGCAUGUCUGCACCAUCGUUUCCUUCCGCUCAGCCAAUCUCUGUGCAGCAGCUCUGGCAGCCAUCCUGACACGCCUCAGGGAGAACAAGAAGCUCAUUCGGCUCCGGACCACUGUGGGCGUGGAUGGCACAGUCUAUAAGAUACACCCUCAAUACCCAAAACGCCUGCAUAAGGUGGUGAGGAGACUGGUCCCAAACUGCGACGUCCGCUUCCUCCUAUCAGAGAGUGGCAGCACCAAGGGGGCUGCCAUGGUGACAGCAGUGGCCUGUCGCCUGCAGGCCCAGCGGAAACAGAUUGACAAGGUGCUGGCUUUGUUCCAGCUGACCCAUGAGCAACUGGUGGGAGUGCGGGACAAGAUGCGGGCUGAGCUUGAGUAUGGACUGAAGAAGGAAACCCACCCACUGGCCACAGUCAAGAUGUUGCCCACCUUUGUCUAUGGAGUGCCGGAUGGCACCGAAAAUGGAAAGUUCCUUGCCCUGGACCUAGGGGGAACUAACUUCCGGGUCCUCUUGGUGAAAAUCAGAAGCGGACGGAGGUCAGUGCGAAUGUACAACAAGAUCUUCGCCAUCCCCCUAGAGAUCAUGCAGGGCACCGGCGAGGAGCUGUUUGACCACAUUGUGCAGUGCAUUGCUGACUUUCUGGACUACAUGGGCCUCAAGGGAGCACAGCUGCCUUUGGGCUUCACAUUCUCAUUCCCCUGCAGACAGACGAGCAUUGACAAGGGAAUACUCGUUGGGUGGACCAAAGGCUUCAAGGCCACUGACUGUGAAGGGGAAGACGUGGUGGACCUGCUCAGGGAAGCCAUCAAGAGGAGAAAUGAGUUUGAUCUGGACAUAGUUGCUGUGGUGAAUGACACAGUGGGGACCAUGAUGACCUGUGGCUAUGAAGAUCCUAAUUGUGAGAUUGGCCUGAUUGCAGGAACUGGCAGCAACUUGUGCUAUAUGGAAGAGAUGAAGAACAUUGAGCUGGUGGAAGGGGAUGAAGGGAAGAUGUGUAUUAACACUGAGUGGGGAGGGUUUGGAGACAAUGGCUGCAUAGAUGAUAUCCGAACACAAUAUGACAAGGAGGUGGAUGAGGGGUCCUUGAAUUCUGGCAAACAGAGAUACGAGAAGAUGACCAGUGGGAUGUACCUUGGCGAGAUUGUGCGGCAGAUCCUGAUUGACCUGACUAAACAGGGUCUUCUCUUCCGUGGGCAGAUUUCAGAGCGUCUCCGGACCAGGGGAAUCUUUGAAACCAAGUUCCUGUCCCAGAUUGAGAGUGAUCGGCUGGCCCUCCUCCAGGUCAGGGGGAUCUUGCAGCAGCUUGGCCUGGACAGCACAUGCGAGGACAGCAUUGUGGUGAAGGAGGUGUGUGGAGCUGUGUCCCGGCGGGCGGCCCAGCUCUGUGGCGCUGGCCUGGCUGCCAUUGUGGAAAAAAGGAGGGAAAACCAGGGGCUUGAGCACCUGAAGAUCACUGUAGGCGUGGAUGGCACCCUAUACAAGCUGCACCCACACUUCUCUCGGAUAUUGCAGGAAACUGUGAAAGAAUUAGCCCCUCAAUGUGACGUGACGUUCAUGCUGUCAGAAGAUGGGAGCGGGAAGGGAGCAGCUCUGAUCACUGCUGUGGCCAAGAGGUUGCAGCAGGCACAGAAGGAGAACUAGGAAC